AUGUCUUUCAAAGAAGCAUUGAAAAAAUCAGUCUUGGUGCAAGAUGGAGCACUUGGAACUCAACUAGAAGCGCUCAUCCCAUUGGAUGAUCCACAUUCUGUCAAAGGUCUGCCUCUUUGGUCAACUAAUGCUCUUCUUUACUCACCAGAGUUAAUAUCGUCCAUUCAUAAACAAUACGUCGAAGCUGGCGCUGAUAUGAUUAUUACCGCAACAUACCAAGCAUCGCCACAGACCCUAUCGAAGUACGAGAACAUGGAUCUUGCUCAAGCCAAGAAAGUCUGGACCAAAUCUGUUGAGUGUGCUUUGGAGGCGACGAGAACCCACCCAGAGAAGAAAAUCUUCAUUGGGGGUUCGAUUGGGCCAUAUGGUGCAUAUUUGGCAAAUGGUGCCGAAUAUAGUGGCGAUUAUGGCGACAUUUCGCUGGAUCAAUUGAUGGACUACCAUCGUGAUAUUGUACGUUUUUACGCGGAAACAAAGGAGGUUGAUGUGAUCGCCUUUGAAACGGUGCCGAACUUUGCUGAGGUUCAGGCGAUUUUUAGCUUGAUUGAGCAAAUGUUCAACGCCAACUUGCACAAGGAAUUCUACGUGAGUCUCAGUUGCAAGGACGCAGACCAUUUGGUGGAUGGAACACCCUUGGAACAAGUUAUUCGCUACAUUUUAUCAAAAAAAUCGUCACAAAUUAGCGAUAAUUUAGUGGGGAUCGGAUGCAACUGCGUACCAUUUGAAAUAGUUAGCGACUUCAUCGAAACCGUAAACCGGGUGUGUCAAAACAAUGGCUCUGAGCAAUUGUCUUUGCUCGUCUACCCCAAUUUGGGUUUUGAGCCGACUGACACAGCCAAUUACGCGUUUCGGUCUUCCACAGAAAAAUGGGCUAGUUCGGUAGCGAAGUGGGCUCUCUAUAGCAACGUUCGUGUCAUAGGAGGCUGCUGCAGCACAGGGCCAGCGGAAAUAGCUCAGAUUAAGGAUGUGGUGGAAAAAAUUAAGAGUUAG